CAUGUUAUUUACUGUUUUAAGUGCGCUCCAGCACUGCGGUCAAGCUGCGUCUAGCCCUCCUCUCUCCACUCCUCUCUUUCUUUUCUGACCUGCUGUUCGGUCAUUAUUGGCUUGUUGGAGGUGGAGGGACAUAAAAAAGACCUAUAUCGGUCCAUCCACAGCUGUCAGCGCCAGGAACCCGAACAGGUGGCUCCUCCAGGCGCGGACACCGUCGACAGCUUGUCGCGCUCGCUAAUCUCCGCUCUGACGACAGCGCUUUACCCGGUGCGCGUAAAACUGGGAGUGCGGGAGUUUGGGUUGGGGAUUCUCAUCAGUCAUCAGGAUUUUACUUAUCGCCGUCGAUUCAGCUGAGUUGGAAAUAAUGACUUUUUCCUGGAUUUUAUAAUUUUCUCCUCCUGUGACUUCCAGCUAAAAGACUGAGUGAAAUACAGCAUGCUGCCAGAAAUAAACAACAAGAUGAAGCUCCUCUCAUACAUUUCCAAGGACCAUCCUAGAUCAAGCAAAACCCUGCAGCUACAUGGAAAAAGUCAACAUUACUGAGGCUUUGAUUGCACCUGUUUUCUCUUUAAGCAAAAAGACGUCACGGCCGGAGGCGUUCCCUCACCCUCACAGACUCCCAGCAGAAGGCAGCCGUAUUGGAACAAAUCGACCCUGUUCACAGAAGUUCAGCUCUGGUUUGGGGUCCCUGCCUCAACUUGAAACACCAGUGGUCCAGGUGGUGGUCAGCAAUGCCAAAAACCAGCAUCAACAGUCAGACAACAUCCUGCCGCAAAUCCCCAACAAAGGGGGUCAAAACAACUAUCAAACGCUCGUCGAGAGGUCAAAGCCAACACAACAGUUCACAAUGCGAUACAGUGCAGCAACGGAUAAAGCGUCCAUGUCUCACAACAGCAAAGCUUUUGGCAACAAGCCGGAGACGGAGACAACAUAUGAAGGACAAAGGUUGCCCAUGUCACCUACAGAGGCACUAAAUAACUUCAGCGAGCGCCUGACGGAGUUUGAGCAGGAGGAAAUCAAUGACUAUGCAGAGGUCUGGUACCUGGGUCUGGGCUCCCAGAAAAUCGAGGGUUCCCAGGGAGCGGUGCAGAACAACGGAUACGAUGACGAGCACGGAAGCUACAUCAGGGUGCUGCAUGAUCACAUUGCAUACAGAUUUGAAGUUCUUGAAGUGAUCGGAAAAGGCUCUUUUGGGCAAGUUUUAAAAUGUCUGGACCACAAGAACAACGAACUUGUUGCCAUCAAGAUGAUACGCAAUAAGAAACGAUUUCAUCACCAAGCUCUAGUCGAGCUGAAGAUUCUGGAAGUAAUAAAGAAGAAAGACAAAGACAACCUGCACAACGUCAUUCACAUGAAGGAACACUUUUACUUCCGGAACCAUCUUUGCAUCUCCUUUGAGCUUCUCGGGGUGAACCUUUAUGAGCUCAUCAAAAAAAACAACUUCCAGGGCUUCAGCCUCGCUCUCAUCCGACGAUUCGCCCACGCUCUUCUCAGGUGCCUGCAGAUGCUGCACAGGGAGAAGAUAAUCCACUGUGACCUCAAACCGGAAAACAUCCUUCUGUCUCAGCGAGGGCCGGGGAACAUCAAAGUGGUUGACUUUGGAUCAAGCUGCUAUGAACAACAAAGAGUGUACACCUACAUCCAGAGUCGCUUCUACCGCUCCCCAGAGGUGAUACUGGGUCACCCGUACAGCAUGGCUAUUGACAUGUGGAGUCUGGGCUGCAUCCUAGCUGAGCUCUACACAGGCUACCCUCUCUUCCCAGGAGAGAGCGAAGUGGAGCAGAUAGCCUGCAUAAUGGAGGUUCUUGGAAUGCCUCCAGAUGAUUUUGUUCAGUCGGCAUCAAGGAGGAAAUUGUUCUUUGACUCUAAAGGAAACCCACGGAACAUCACUAAUAGCAAAGGGAAGAAACGGAAGCCCGACUCCAUCGAGAUGUCAGCGGCACUGAAAACCAAUGAUCCUUUGUUCCUGGAUUUUAUCCAGCGCUGCCUUGACUGGGAUCCAACUAAAAGAAUGACUCCUGAUGAAGGGUUGCAGCACCAGUGGAUCCUGGAAGGAAAUUUCAACAAAAUCAAAUCUAGAACCAAGCCGACAGCAAAAAGGACCACUGACAGUUGCACAACCACAGACAGACAAGGAAACAGCAGGCCUAAGGAGAAGGUUAGCUCAGAACAUGGCAGCAACGACAAGCUGAAGAGGGACGGUUCAGCAGCUGGAAAAAAAAUGGCAUCCGGCGAACGUCUGCGGCCCAUCGGGGCGUCGGCAGAGGAGGAGGUGUGUGAAAGUGAAGACACAAACACAAAGCAGCAAGAGGACAGCGGAGAGAGGCCUGUUCACAUUAUUAUCAAGCCUCAGGAAGAAAUGAGCACAGAACGAAAAGAUGGCUAGGAACCACCUCUGUGAAAACCAUGUUGCAUUCAUGACAGGUGGGAAGUACAGAUGUUCAGAUGGGAAGGUAAAGAAAGCCGUUGUUGUUGGGUUCUGGACGUCCACAGAAGAAGACCCUUCAGCAACGUCUCAUGACAACAGGUUAGAGAUGAAGACGAGUCUGAUGUUUAAAAGCAGCUGAAGUGGCUUUUUUUCUUCAUUUUCCCACAUAAUGAGAAAAAACCUGAUGGACAAGAGAAAAAGAUCAUCAACAAUGAACAUAUUCUAUGUUUUUUGUAGCUUGUCAAAUUUAAAUCAUUGCUUGUAUUUUUAUAGAAGUUGUGGUGCAGUUUUUUGGAGACUAUGUAACUCCUUUUGUUACAUGAGAAACAUAAAACUUAAUUUGCCACAGAAUGAGAUUUAAAGGGCAGCAUUUGGACCUGCUGUGUAUUAUUUCUUGAAUGAACAUUGAAAAUAAACUCAGAUCACGAAGCUCGACUUCAGCCGUAGAACAAUUAAGUAGAUAGAUGGAAAAGGAAUAAAAUCUCUUGAUGAUCUUCAUUUCCUGGAAACAUCUUCUGCUCAGAUUAGUUUAAAUACUGAAAUAUUGAGUCUAAUAACGGCUGAGCCAAAGGAUUUUUAUGACAACAAAGAAAUACUUAAGAGAAACAUUUUAAUUGUAUGGCUAAGUUGAUAUCUUGUUACUUAUUAUUUUUUCUUUAUUUAUCGUGGAAAAGUUUGGAGCAUUUGUUUCAUAUGUCUUAAGCAAUUUUAAUAAACCCUAAAAUGUUGGUUUGUAAGAAUCUUUUGUAUAUAUUUCUGCUGUAAUUUCUUAUACAUAUGUAAAACGGAAGAGAUUUUAAAUUUAGACAAGGUUUUACUUGUUGUGUUGUUACUGUAUGAAAUCAUUUUCUAUGUCUGUAAUUCCUAAUAUUUUUAUAUUAGAAGCAAAAAGACAAUCCUGUUUUUGAUAGUUUGUGCCUUGCAGUAUUAGAAAUCCAGCACUUUAUUGUUUUUUUGACACUUGCAUUAGAAACUGCGCCGUUUCUGUCCAAAUAUGAUUUGGGCCACCCUGCCAGGAUCCCUUUUAUUUAACAAAAAGAUUCUCCAAUUUUAUUAGUCAAUUAAAUCACUAUUCAUGAAUGACUUUUUUGUUGGUUUUUGAAGAUGGAACUUAAAGAAAGACACAUGUCCUCACUAUGUAUAAGCUAAAUAAUCUGCUCCUAAGAAGAUGGAUUGUAGCUGUUAAUUCAAGACCUCAAAAGAAGCAAUUUUUAGGUAUUUUAUGCUGAAAUAAAUCUUGUUUGAAGGACA